UGUAGCGAAGAAUAAGGAUGCAGAGCAGGCCUCAACACCACAUAAUUCCCAGACAAUCUUAUUACAAAUGCAUAGGAGAGAAAUCACUGAAGAAAGCCUUCGCAAUUCCCUAGAAAGAGAUGAAUUCGGGAGCACAUGUUGAUGUCCAGCUCGUGUCCAUGUUGUAUCUGCUCGCAACGACCUCAUGUGCGUCAAAGGAGCUUGCCAUUGAUAGAUUUCCGAGUCCUGCUGCUAGUUCUGGGAACAUCUUCAAGUUCAAGCAGCAUCUCAGCUACCAUUUUCCCGGACUUCGGAACGAUUUGAUGUCCUCAUCGGGGGACUACCGUUGCGGGAAGAUCGUGACAGCUGAAAACGAGGACGAUGAGGUGUGCAUCUCUUUUCGAUCCAACGUCUCAUCACCACCACCAUCGCCACCUACAUCAUCCUCUGUCGGGGAGGAGAUUAGGGAUGAUCGGAGAGAGAUUCCGCGAAGGAUUUCAGACACAAGCCUUGAUGAGUUUGAAUCAAAAUUCUCAAGUGCAGAAGAAAGACCGCAUUCGACUGAUGGAUUCUUUGCUCGAGCACGUCCAUCGUCAGUAGACCCAGCCAAUCGAAGCAUAUUCGCAGAAGCCAGUUUCCGUAGUCGAUUUUAUCAUCGGAAUUCGGUGAUCGAAGAGGCCAGACUUGCAGAGUCUUCGAUGAUGCCAAGUAUAGGAAGAAGAGGAAGAUUUCAAGAGUGGAGAAAAGGAAGCAAAUCCAAAUCAAGAGCGCUUGAUGAGAUUGAAAAUAAUACGCUCAGCUACUCAGGGUUUGCGUUUCGAGCAUCUCUGCGCCCAACCAAACUUCCUCGUAUUGCCAAGGCUAAAGGGAACAAAGUGAUAUGGAUUGCAAGCGCUGCGUCAUCAGUAUUCUGCAUAGGAUUGCUCGGCUACUGCAUCUACGUCGUAAUCAGGAGGAGGAAGAAGUUGAAUAGAGUCCAAACAGCCGAGGAGGAAAGUCAUCCAGUGAUGCAGUCACUAAACUUGGGAGAAAUCGGGGGUGGGCACAACGAGAAGGUGGUUCCUCAGGUAUUGAUUUUGCAGGAGAUUCCGCUACUGGGAUUAGAUGCCAUACAGGCGGCUACAGAUGACUUUUCAGACCAGAAUAAAAUUGGAGAAGGCGGAUUUGGUCCGGUGUACAAGGGCACAUUGGCUGAGGGAAAGGAAAUAGCGGUCAAGAGGCUCUCGGAAACUUCAGGUCAAGGCAUGGCCGAACUGGCAAGUGAAACUGCCUUGAUUGCUAAACUACAACACAGGAAUAUUGUGACACUCAUGGGAUGCUGCUUAGAGCGAAAUGAGAAGCUUCUAGUAUAUGAGUACAUGCCCAACAAGAGCUUAGACACGAUUCUCUUUGAUUCGACCAAGAGUUUGCAACUUGAUUGUGAGUCACGCCUGAAGAUCGUUCAUGGAGUCGCUCGAGGACUUAUGUAUCUGCACGAGGAUUCUCGUCUCAAAAUCAUCCACAGGGACCUCAAGGCUAGCAACAUUUUGCUGGAUGAUGACAUGAACCCAAAGAUAUCGGACUUUGGGAUGGCGAGGAUUUUCGGGGAUAACCAAAUCGAUGCAAACACCAACAGAGUUGCAGGAACAUAUGGAUACAUGGCUCCUGAGUAUGCGAUGGAAGGGAUUUUUUCAAUGAAGUCGGACGUUUAUAGCUUUGGCGUUCUUGUGCUAGAAAUAAUUAGCGGGAGAAAGAAUGGCCGUUUGCACGCGAUAGAGCCUGGUCAGACCCUACUUGCGUUGGCAUGGAAACGAUGGUCUCAGGGCCGAGCGCUGGAAUUGAUGGACGCUUCGCUCGAGCAGUCGUACAAUGCAGAUCGAGUGCUGAAGUGCAUCCACAUCGCGCUGCUGUGCGUGCAGCAAGACGCGGAGAACCGACCGUCCAUGUCGUCGGUCGUCGUCAUGCUGGGUGGGAACAACAUAGAACUUCCAGGGCCAACAGAACCUCCGAGCAGCUUCGCAUUCGGCGUCAGAUGAGCCGCUUCCUUAGGUGUUCCUGUGUUGUCGUUGCUAGUGUUAUCAUAUAGGAAUCUUGUCUAUUAAUACACGAGACUGCAUAUGAAACUAGGUUGAAGGACGAGAAUUUUGCAUUCGGUAGAUCAUGUAUAUAUUUAGGAGAUGGCGGCGGCGGAGGAUGACCCGCGAUGCUAUAAUAAUAGCGAUUACGAUGUUUGGUAUAAGGAGUACCCGUUGCAUUGUUUGGUUUCGUGAAUGACGUGGGAAAACAAGUUUCUAAAGAGAUUUUGUUUAAUUUGGACGAUGAAUAUAAUUUUUGUGAAAUA